UGGCAGAAGAUUCCAUAAUUGAACAAACGUGAUCAGCCACGUGAAUGGCGGCCAUGGGAUUCAAGGAGAACCCGCGGCUGACUGACUUGAACGCAACUGCUUAUGGUGCAGAUCAACCAAAGUCAGGAUCGGAGAUCGUGCCUGCUCGAGUUCGAUGGAAAUGUGGAAAGCGGAAUCUCCGUGCCGGCUUCGAAGCCGAAAGACAAUGACUCUUUAGAUUUCCAGCAACCACCGAUACCCGUCUCAACUCAGCAAGGCGACAUCAAAGCGACAUGGCCGACUCCGAAGCCUCCUCCAAAAUCUUGGUCUCACACGCCAACGCCCAUACCUAUGUCAAAUCCGUGCUGCAAGCCAAUGGCGUUUCUGAUCCCCACGCAGCAACAGUAGCAGACUGCCUUGUCGCUGCCGAUCUCCGCGGCGUCGACACUCACGGCGUCAACCGCAUUCCUUCCUACCUCGCCCGCAUCCGCCAAGGCGUCCUGGACCCCACCGCCGAACCAACCAUCAAAGAUAUCACUCCCGUUGUCGCCCAAGUCGAUGCCAAAAAUGCCUUUGGCUUCGUCGCCGCCAAGAUGGCAAUGGCAAGGGCAAUUGGAAUGGCAGUUGCUUUCGGCAUCGGUAUGGUCAGUGUAAAGCACAGUAAUCAUUUCGGCAUGAGUGCUUGGUUGGUCCAGCAAGCUCUUGAUGCUGGGAUGAUGAGUUUGGUCUUUACUAAUUCGUCGCCUGCACUGCCUGUUUGGGGUGGUAAGGAGAAAUUGAUGGGGGUGUCGCCGAUUGCUUGUGGUGCUCCUGGUGUCGAGCAUGAUUUCAUCUUGGAUAUGGCGCCUUCGGUCGCAGCGAGAGGCAAGAUUUAUAAGGCCAAACGUAGGGGUGAGAAGAUACCCGAGGACUGGGCGUUGGACAAAGAUGGUAAUAGGACUGAUGAUCCGGCUGCUGCAUUGGAAGGUGUAAUGCUUCCAAUGGGUGGGCCAAAAGGAUCGGCCUUGUCGAUUAUGAUGGAUGUGUUUUCGGGGGUGCUGUCUGGAUCUGCUUUUGCUGGCCAUGUUACCAAUCCUUAUGAUCCGUCCAAGCCGGCGGAUGUGGGACACUUCCUGAUCGCCUUGAAGCCUGAUCUUUUCCUUAGUUCAGAGGAGUUCAAGGAGAGAAUGGAAUAUCUUUACAACAGAGUCAUCAAUUGCGAGAAGAUGGCAGGUGUCGAUAGAAUCUACUUCCCCGGCGAAAUCGAACAGUUGACGGAAGCGGAAAGAAGAAAUUCCGGUAUACCGUACGUCGAAGCAGAGAUUGAAGCUCUGAACGCCGAGGCAAGGCGAGUGGGCGCUCCGGAUCUAGUUGUAUCAUGAAGAGAACAAGAGGAGCGAAGAAGGAAAGUGAUGAAUUUGACGAAGAUUACUAUUAUAAAGACGACCAGCCAGAAAGAACGCCCGAAGUAAAACCAAAGACUACAUAGAGAAAAUCACUGAAGCAUUCAC